AUGGCGGCGCCGAGGAUCUUGACGGCGUUAAAAGACGAAGAGAGCGGCAUGGAGCUGGAAGAUGAUUCCCCUGCUGCCAAAAAACCUAAAUCGGAGAGAUUCCCGCUGAACUCAUGGGAAUUCGCCGUCGCCGUUGCCGUUUUCUUCGUCUUCUCCACCGGUCUUGUUUGUAUUUACCUCUCUAUGCCCGCCGCAACUUCCGCUAACCUCAAAUUGCCUCGUACCCUCUCCGAUCUUCGCGCACUCAAAGAUCGAUUUUCAACGUAUGCGAAUGAGAAUCCAGUACAGUUUAUUGUUGGAUAUUGUUCAACGUAUAUCUUUAUGCAGACAUUUAUGAUUCCAGGAACGAUUUUCAUGUCGUUGUUAGCUGGGGCUCUUUUUGGAGUUGUUAGAGGAAUAAUGUUGGUUGUUUUCAAUGCUACUGCUGGAGCAUCUUCGUGCUUCUUUUUGUCUAAGUUAAUUGGGAGACCUAUUGUUACUUGGUUGUGGCCUGAAAAGUUGAGGUUUUUCCAAUCAGAGAUAGCAAAGCGUAGGGAUAAGCUGCUGAACUACAUGCUUUUUCUGAGGAUAACCCCGACGUUGCCAAAUCUUUUCAUCAAUUUGGCAUCUCCAAUUGUUGAUGUACCAUUUCAUAUAUUCUUUUUCGCCACAUUGAUUGGCCUUAUACCAGCCUCUUAUAUUACUGUCAGGGCUGGACUUGCUCUUGGAGAUCUAAAAUCAGUGAAGGAUCUAUAUGAUUUCAAGACAUUAUCAGUACUUUUCCUUAUUGGUUUUGUUUCUAUACUUCCAACAGUUUUGAAGAGGAAGCGGGUAUAUGAAUGA